AUGGCGUCGACGACCCCAAAUCUAACGGCUCCUGCAGUCAAGCUGAACAGCGGGUACGCCAUGCCGAUCGUGGGGUUUGGACUAUGGAAAGUCAACAAGGAAACCUGCGCAGACCAAGUGUACAAUGCCAUUCGAACCGGCUAUCGUCUGUUUGAUGGUGCCUGUGAUUAUGGAAACGAAGUCGAGGCCGGCAAAGGUGUAGCUCGCGCUAUCAAGGAAGGGAUCGUGAGACGGGAGGAUCUCUUCAUCGUUUCUAAGCUCUGGGGCACCUUUCACGAUCCCGAGCAUGUUGAACCGGCCUGUCGUCGUCAACUGUCCCACUGGGGAAUUGACUAUUUCGACCUGUUCAUCGUCCAUUUCCCUAUCUCCCUGAAAUAUGUCGACCCUGAAGUCCGAUAUCCCCCGGAGUGGUCUGCUCCUGGUGAGAAAGCUGAGAGUGGUAACGUCCCUCUCUAUAAGACCUGGGGGGCAAUGGAAGAGCUUGUGGAUAAGAGGCUGGCUCGCAGCAUUGGAAUCAGCAACUUUAGCCCUCAGUUGAUUAUGGACUUAUUGCGAUAUGCCCGGAUCCGACCCUCCACUCUUCAGAUAGAGCACCACCCAUAUCUUACCCAGGAGGGUCUAAUCAAGUAUGCCCAGGAUGAAGGACUGGUGGUGACGGCGUAUUCAUCUCUUGGACCGCAGAGCUUCAUCGAGCUGGAAAACAAAGCUGCUACUGGAACUACCCUGCUGCUCGAGCAUCCAACUAUCAAAUCUUCUGCAGAGAAACACGGGAAAACUCCAGCACAGAUAUUGCUUCGAUGGGCUACACAAAGAGGGAUCGCGGUAAUCCCAAAAAGCAAUAACCCAGACAGACUGGCGCAGAACUUGGAUGCAACCGGCUUCAACCUUACAGCGAACGAACUCAGGGCUAUCAGUGCUCUUGAUCAGGGGCUACGUUUCAACAACCCUCCAAGUUAUGGUGUCAACUUUCCGAUUUUUGGAUAA